AUGACCCUCACAGUCGAAAAGAUUGGAAAGGAAUGGGCGGCGGUCGUGUGGAUGGACACCGGAAGUGACCUCUACGAAGGUCAGUAUGGCCCCGGCCCGUGGACAAGCGUCCAAGGACCCGGUGGGAAAUGGGAGCCUCAGUAUCUGCACCCGACAAUCCAGGUACAGCCGCAUAUCGCAUUAAAAUACCACAGCACGAACAUCUCCCAAAACAUCCGACCGGAGGGGAAGCUCAUCCAAAGCUCUUCACUCAUUCCACUCAACUAUGGAAGAUCUCUUGAUGAGAAAGUCGCUGCAAAGGAUCCGUUCUACGCCGUCAGCGAGCUUUUUACAUUUUGCGCGUUUUCCGAAUCACAGUUCCUAAACAUGCUGGAGUCAAAAUUAAGCGCUGCAACAGAUGCCGACAUACUGUCCAAGAAGGCCCUGGAGCUCUCAAACCUUCAGUACAUGCAGAAAGCAGUAAAGCUACACGGGGAGCGCAUAGAAAAUAGUAUCGAGACGAUCCGGGCCCGCGGAGGCGCUUUUUGGCCAAAAUCUAACGGAGACAAGUCCUCGGAUAAAGUUGAAGCGGUGGCCUUGGUGUUGUCGAAGCAAUAUGAGCACCUGUUGCGCCGUGCAAAGUCCUUGUCGACACGGAUAGAAGAUCAAACCAGGUCUCUCACGAACAAAGCGAUGAUCGAUGAGGCGAAGCGUGCUCGUGACCAGGCUGUUGAGGUUACCAAACUGACGCAGCUGGCCUUCUUCUACAUACCGUUGAGCUUUGUAUCAUCGUUUUUCGGAAUGAAUCUCGAUCCACUUACAGAGGCGAGAAAUAGCCUAUGGUGGUUCUUCGCAAUAUCCGUUCCAAUACUAGGCUUGUCGAUGAGUUUGAUGUUUUGGGAUGUAUCGGGACUGGUUCACCAAAUGAGGCUCAAGAUGAGGAGGGGGUGA